AUGAAAGUAACUGAAGAAGAUGAAAAACUUUCACAUCGAUUGAGACGAACUGGACCAAAAGAUAGCUUUACCAUUGAAGUACCAUUGGAAGCAUUCGUACAAGAGCAACAAAUGAAAUUGGUACGAAUAGAAAAUAACAAAUACCUGGAAAGUAAUAAACAACAAACAUCUAGUUACAAUAAUAAUAAUAAUAAUAGUAAUAAUGAUAAUAAUAAUGUUGAAAAUGAAAGUAAUGAUAAUAAUAACAUUAAUGAUAGAAUGAAUCAUCAGUCACUUGUAAUGAAUCAAUAG